AUGUCACGCCCGGCAAGUGGAAUAGCUGGUGACGGUGCUAGAACUGGCUCGACUGGAUCCUUCCACGCCGGAGCUCCCAUCCCCGCUCUCGGGGCGACUCCUUCUCGUCGACUAUCUUCCCAUCGGUAUCAGACGUUUCCCGCUCCGCCUUCCAAGUCGUCGAUCGGUCAGGCCGCCGCCAAGAAGGUCCUGGACGAGACCCAGCCCAUCGACUCUGACAGCGUGUCCGACGACGGCUCCCGAUCUGACCAUGAGGGACACGACGAGUCUCCGCUACCCGUGCGGCAGCUAAUGGUACUUGCAUUUCUAUCGCUGGCCGAACAGACGGCCCUCAACUCAAUAUCACCCUACCUCCCUUCAAUGGUAGCCUCUAUGGACGGCAUCCCCGCCGAAGAGAGUGGCCUGUACGUUGGCAUCUUGGCCAGCGCCUUUGCCCUCGCCCAGCUGUCGACCAACUUUCUAUGGGGCUACGGGUCUGACAUUAUCGGGCGCAAACCUGUCUUGCUCCUGGGAACCGUGGCCUUGAUGCUGUGCUUUGCCGUCUUUGGCCUGUGCCAGACUUACUGGCAUAUUGUCGUCGUCCACGUCGCCAUGGGCAUGCUCAAUGGCAACGCCGCUUGCGUCCCCACCGUUCUGGGCGAAAUCACCGACCGGUCCAACCAGAGCCGCGCAUUCGCCUACCUCCCCAUCAUUUACUCGCUCGGUAGCAUCACCGGCCCCGCCCUGGGCGGCCUGCUAGUCAACACAAUGGGCCAGCGAUACCCCUACCUCGGACCCAACAUUCUGUCUGCCGCCCUGCUCGCCGUGAGCUGCGUCGUUAUCGCACUCUGGUUUGAGGAGACGCUGGAAGAGGCCCAGCCGAUGCCAUCCUUCACCAUGCCCAUGUGGUUACGCCGACUGACGUGGUGGCUCUGGCCCAAGCCUAAGCGAUUCGGUGCACCUGGUCCGGCAUUGUCACGCACUAACUCCUGGUCCACCCGAUGGCCGCGGAGCUACUCUUCCGCGGACGCUACUCGCCCGCUGCUCGUGCACCCCACUCCUAAGAACUCGGAGGAUGACGAUGACGACGACGAAGAUAGUGACACCAGCAUCAGAGAGGAGCGCGACUCGUCUAGAUCGACGUCGCACAGCUCCCAUGUUGUCUGGAGUGACAUUUCGAACCGGACAACUGCCAUACUUCUCGCCACGUACCUCGUAUUUCAGCUCACAAACAUCAGCUUCAACAGCCUGUACCCCAUCUUUGCGUCCUUCCCAGCCCCACACGGCCGAGACCUUGAUCCCAGCAAGAUCGGCGUCAGUCUCAGUCUGGCUGGGCUAGCGACGAUUGGCUUCCAAGCGUUCCUCUACCAGCGCCUCAAGGCCAAGGUUGGAAACCUGGGUAGUUACCGUCUGGCUCUGCUGGGAAUUUCCGCCACCAUGAUUAUGAUGCCCUGGGUGGGAUACACGGAUGGGAACGCUCCCUUUGGAAUCGGCUCCAAUAGACUAUGGCUAUAUUUUGAAUUGGCAUUCAUCCUUGUCGUCAAGAACAUCUGCGCUGUCGGUGGUCUGUCCAGUGUUAUGCUCCUGAUCACCAACUCAGCUCCUUCACAUGCCUGCCUUGGCACCCUCAACGGCAUGGCCCAGACCCUCUCGGCUCUUGGUCGGAGCAUUGGACCAUUCGUCUCGGGGGCCCUCUUCACACUGUCUACCAAUAUAAAGCCCAAGGGAGAGGCUCUGCCGUGGUGCCUGUUUGGCGGUCUCGCCUUCCUCGGCUGGCUUGGCUCCAUCUUCAUUGCUCGCGCCGGUCUAGAGAGCGACGACUGGGAAGGGUACUCUGAUGAAGAGGAUAACGACAGCGGUCACCAUGAUCGAAAUGGUCUGUAA